AUGCCGGCUGAAAUGCAGCUCCUUGUCAGAUGUAACAGGAGGAUUUUCCUGGCUAUUUGUUUAAUCCUCUUUGUGGGAUACACGGCACAAGGUGCUCCAAUGCAGAAGGCAAGGUACAAGAGAGUGAGGUGCCGACCCGAUGCCUGGUCUGCUAACUGCAUCGAAGAGCAGGGGCCCUGGUUUUACAUACCCGCCGGUGGAGCCAACAGGAUCCUUCCUCCCAUGGCAGACCCAUCCCUGAUGAGGCUACACCAGGAGCUGAGCAACAUAUUCCCUCUCUCGGAUGAUGAGUCCAGCUCUGGCUCUGACACUGCAAUGGAAGCAGAGCCAGCCUCUGGGUCAGGGUUUAGUGACAGUGAUGGCCUCUCCAAGGCGAAGCCGACUACCUUCCUACAGGGUCUGCAAGAUGGCAAGCUGAAGCAAAAGCUAACGGAAGAGGAUCUGCUGCUGUAG